AGAGAGUCAGUCGGCCAUUGCUGUGUGUCGUGGCUCUACAACCAAACACGAAGGCAGAGAGGAAACCGUAAACCGAAGUGUACCGAUUCAACGGUAGAGAGUUUUUAUUGUUUCAAGGAGAAAGUCACGCUGUCGCUUCUUUUGCUAGCUGGUAGAAGAUUCACCACCUCCGGAUAUGUCCUUCAUAUUUGAUUGGAUUUAUAGUGGUUUCAGUAGUGUUCUCCAGUUUCUAGGGCUAUACAAGAAAUCGGGUAAAUUAGUAUUUCUUGGCCUGGACAAUGCUGGAAAAACCACAUUACUCCACAUGCUUAAAGAUGACAGAUUGGGACAGCAUGUUCCAACCUUACACCCCACCUCAGAAGAGCUUACAAUCGCCGGAAUGACCUUCACUACCUUCGACCUUGGCGGCCACGCGCAGGCACGAAGAGUGUGGAAAAACUACCUCCCUGCUAUCAACGGCAUAGUCUUCCUCGUGGACUGCGCAGACUACCCGAGGCUGAACGAGUCUAAAACAGAGCUAGAUGCGCUCAUGACAGAUGAGACCAUCGGAAACGUGCCUAUCCUGAUCCUCGGGAACAAGAUCGACAAACCAGAAGCUAUUAGUGAGGAAAGACUACGUGAAAUGUUUGGACUGUACGGCCAGACAACAGGCAAGGGCAACAUCCCUCUGAAGGAGCUGAACACGAGACCCUUGGAGGUUUUUAUGUGCAGUGUUCUGAAGAGACAGGGGUAUGGUGAAGGCUUUCGCUGGCUCUCCCAGUACAUCGACUAGAGGCCCAGCUGCCCAGGGCUGCGGGAUGAGCUGUCCAUCACACACCACACACAUGUGGUGUCAUGUUUGGCCUGCCUCACUUUUCUGAAAGAAAAACAAACAAACAAACAAACAAACAGUACAACUCGAAUCCAAUAGACUGUUAUUGGGUGAACAUUCGGUCAAACAGGUUUUUUUUUUUUUUUGGUCCUUCACAUUCUUUUUGAGAGAAUUCCAUAGCAUUUACCCUGCAGAUACAUUAAGCCCAGCCUUAUUGAACCUUUCUAUUUUUUUUUAUAGUAAUUUUUUUUUCCUGUUUCCGUUGACAUAAAAAUACCUGUAAAUGCCUAAUGGUGUAAGCCCCUGCAGUUCAGACAGCGAGAGAUUGAAGACUAGUGUUUAUAUCCAUUGCAGUACACCUGUCUUAAAACAGGAAACACCUGUGACUCCUAUCUCAUCAUGGUUUGUUUUUCUGUUGAUUUCUCUUCACAUGUCAUUCUUGCUUUAUGUGGCCAGAAACAGCUUUUCUGGGAAGGAUUUUCUGUAGCUGCAUGCUCUCUCGUCACUAAACAGUCUAAUCCUGACUCUAAAACUUGACCUUAGGUUAGAAAAUUGAUCACGGUUUCAAAAAUGCAAUUCAUAUACAACCCAUGAAAAACUGUAAAAUGAACUGCCAUAGUAGACAUUUUUGAGUUCAUUCCUAAGCUCUCUUUAACUGACUACAGACUCCACAGAUCUCUAAUGCUGAUAGACGCUGCCUGACGCUGGAGAUAGCUAUUGCAAUAAAGAGGGUAGAGAGUGAAACAGCAGGAGUUCAUCAGUGCUCAGAACUGUCUCACACAGUGGCAGCCAGGCAUGCUCAUACAAACCCAUUUAUUGUCAUAUUGAAAUGUGGAUAACAAGAAAACACUGUGUAGUCAGGAGGAGAUGCAGUUUGUGUUUCUGGUGUAUGCAGGUGACUAUGUGUAAGAUAAGCCAUUUUUUGGGGGUGAACGUCAGAUCAAACUUUGGUGGACCAACACAGGGACUCAGUGUGUUAGAGUCGAUUAAAAGCGCAGAAUACUCCACAAACAGGAAGAAAUAAAGGAAAUGAACCGUGUGUGAUGAAUAACAUACACUGGUUUUUAUAAGCGUUUCUCCAGAGUAGCUCUUGAUUUCUUUAAUGUGCAUUACAAAAUAACUAUUAUGCAUGCCUUGUUCUUUGAUUACUUUUUUUUUAAUGAACACGUACAUGACGUAGAGUCAAAAUUCCAAAACAAGGGAUCAAAUGCCAAAUUAAUGUGUAGGAGUUGAGAGCAAUCUUCUAGAAUCUUCUUCAGAACGAAACAUAAUGGAAUGGCACAUACAGUAAUGCAGUUUUUUUUUCUGUUCUGUCCCUCUGUCAUCUGUCAGUCCAUGAGCUGUUCCAUUAAGGGAGAUGUUGUUGUUUGCAUCAUAAAUUGUAAUAAAUGUUUGCAAUUAAAACAGA